GAGCGAGAGAACUCGGUUAUCGUACCAGGAGGGGGAUGGUAUAUGAGAGACGAGGAGGGACAUACCUCUGGCGAUCUCCGUCAGGACGGCAGUACUCCCGAGGAAGAGUACGUGCGAGUGAGAAGCAACAAUCGCACGAAUGACAAGGAGUGACUGUGACAGAGGGAGCGAGCGAGCGAGCGAGAGCGAAUGAGAGAGUGUGAGGAGGGACGACGGCUAGUGGAACGGAGAAGGAAAUUCGGGAGAGAGGUCGACUACGAAGAAGAGAGACAAAACGAGGUGAACGAGCGAGCAAGAGACGGACGGCGCGUACAGAGUGGCGGUACACGGGGCGCGAGAAAAGCGGUAGUGUGCCGUGGACCACCGCACUGGCAUACCGUGGUUCGUUACGAUCCCCAUCGUACUCCGACUCAUACCGGACCUCUCACAGUCAUCAACGAAGUCGCAAUACGACAAGUGCUAGUGCAGUGCGGACUGGCCAAGUCCCUCUUGAUUUCGUAAGAGAUUGACUGGCUUCUCGAAGCAAGCCACUCUGACAACCUGACCGAUCGCGAAUUGUAUAAUUUUAAAAGAAAAAGAAAAAGCCGUCUGCGAGGGUGGUUGUCGCGUGCCGGCUGACCGAAUCGUCGCCGGGCGCGCACGCGGCAGAGAGAUCCACAGGCAGUUUUAUAGCUCGUCUUAUUACCUCGGUUUAUUGCAUCGUAACGGUUUAACGAUCAUCGCCUGUUUUCACAGUCCAGACCACCGGUUUAUGCUUUCGCCCGUAGCGGUAACCAUAACAAGACCAUAAAAGCCCCCGCCACCAACCAUGAGACCCAUUCUGAAUUACACUCUUACGGCCUACUGACAUUGACACUCUGGGUGUAACCGGCUAUACCUACCGAUGACUUUUAUGGCCUCUUAAAGCGGUUUAAUGCUCGUUUAUUCGUCCCUUGUCAACGUUUUCACCUAUCGCCGUCCGCGCCGAACAAACGUAUCGCUUCCUUAGGCAUUUAUGUUUUGCCCUGUAAAUCAAAACGUGAUACGAGAUCAGAGGUCUGAUUAACAUUCGUUCGAUCUGAGAGAGUCGAGCUAGCCUGAUCCGAUAUCAUCGGGCUGGGACACGGACUAGCAAACUUUGGCUAGCCACGUGCGCUCGAUGUAAUCGCAAGCAAUUUUAGCACCGACUACCUUCCGCUGCCAUUCUUUUUUUUGAGUGCCGGUGUUUUAGUGCAAGUGAUCCAAGAUACCCGGAGUAAUGAACUCGUAUUUUGAGCAGACAGCGGGCGGCUUCUACGGAAGCCACCAUCAUCAAACAGGAGCAGCGAGUCAGCAUCAUGAUCCGGCCACUGCCGCGGCAUAUCGAAGCUUUCCGCUUGGGUUAGGUAUGUCGCCUUAUGCAUCGACGCAGCAUCAUCAUCACACAUCCUCCUCGUUAGGGAUACAUCCAGGUGGUGGUACCAACACGAGACCACCCCAAGACUCGCCAUAUGACGCCAGCGUUGCGACGGCCUGCAAGCUUUACUCGACGACACCUGAGGCAACCGGUCAUACCACAUCUUCGUACUCAACAACAGCAACGAAAGACUGUAAGCAACAGGAUCAAACGUCAGCCCAUCAAAAUGGUUAUGCCGCGGUGAUGGCAGCGGCGGCGGUUAAGGAUGUGUGGCAGUCAGCGACCUCGGGAGCGAACAGCCAGAGUAACUCGGUCGUACGUCCCUCCGCGUGUACUCCAGAAAGUACAAGGGUCGGUAGCUACGGUGGUCUCGUAGGCGGCGAUCCGGCAUCGAGUCCGGGUAACAACAGUUCGUCAAGAUCCCUUACGUCGUCCUGGAACACCUGCAGUUUGAACUCGUCCGCGAGUCAACCGGUCGCCACGCAACUGCAUCAGCAACCUACCGCCAACCAUACCUUCUACCCCUGGAUGGCUAUAGCAGGUAAGGAUAAUAUCGCUAAGCCACAUUGGACAUGGUUGCAAGGAGCGAAUGGAAUGCGCAGGCGCGGACGACAGACCUACACGCGCUACCAGACGCUGGAGCUGGAGAAGGAAUUCCAUACGAACCACUACCUCACCAGGCGGAGGCGGAUCGAGAUGGCACACGCACUCUGCCUGACAGAACGGCAAAUCAAGAUCUGGUUCCAGAAUCGGCGAAUGAAGUUGAAGAAGGAGAUUCAGGCGAUCAAAGAGUUGAACGAGCAAGAAAGCAAGCGCAAGCGCAGAAAGCGGCAGCAGCAGCAGCGGCGGCGGCUGCGCAUCAGCAGCAAGGGGGCGGCGGGGGUCCAGAGGGGGGUAACUAGGGGUACGCCCUGCAUCGGAGCCCCCCUGACCACCCUACCAACAAUCCACACCACCCUCUGCUAGCACCGCAAUGUACGCAGCUAUAUUAAAGGUGAGUGGCAAGCUGCACCCGCUGUCUCUGUAAUGCCAAAUAGAUAGUCGAUGUGCGUAUCUGUCGAUCGUCAAUUUAUCGGUUGCGGCGAAUCGGAUGCUGCACCCGGUGAGUGACGAACCUCCCCCACCACGGCUACCUCCCGUAGCUCACUUUGACCGAUAUGCUCCCCAGACCAAUCAGUAUCCAAGCACACCAGUGUCAUCCGUAUAAGCCUAGCGCUGUCGUAGUCGUUCCCCUUUCUGGUCUCUCUACCUGUAGUUUCUGCUUUGGUACAGUAGCACGUAGAUAGAGGUUGAAUUAUCGGGGGUGGCAGAAAAAGAAAAAAAGAAAAAAAAAAAGAAACGAGCAAAGAAACGAAAAAUCAGUGAACGUCCGUGGAUUUGGGGUGUCGCUUAUGGAAAAUCGACCGAAAGCAGAGUCUUAUUCUCAACGUACGUUGCGGUGGUUUGUGCGGCAGUUAGAAACUAAAAUACGUAACGAAACUAAAAUACGUAACGAGAAGGCUACAACUACUCAUAGGGUUAAAGAAGAAAGAUAGAACGUAGAAGCAUCUGAACUCUCGAUGAACGAGAUUGAGUCGAUGCAGAUAAUUAGUUAUUUGUGACGAGCUCAGCGGAAGUACGACUCUUUUUUACGACACAAUGUACAAAAUUGUUAUAAACACUUUUCACAAUUUUCUCUUUUUUUUGUUGCUUAAUAUAUUUUCCCUCGAAAAUGCGCACUCAAAACAUCCUCGUGAAAGAGAGAGAGAAAGAAAGAAAGAAAGAAAGAAUGGAAAUGAGAGAAAGAGCAAGAGAAAGAGAGAAAGAGGGAGAGUGAGUGAGUGAGCUAGAGGAAAUAAAAUAGAAUGACGCGCGAUUACUGUUGAUGUUAUGUUUUUGUUAUUCUUUUUUUUUUAUUAAGCGACACGAGAAGGCGUUUAUAUUGUUACCAAUUUCGCUCUGCUAACGGUGACUUUCGCUCAUCCGUUAUAAAAAGACUGUUUUAUUUCCAUUUCGUUAUUAAUUAAUUAGAGUUAUUACUCGAAGACAUAAUUACCGGCAGUGGGCGAAAUUAAUGAUGGAAACGUGCUUCUUUUGAUUGGUACAAAAUAUAUAUGUUGAUAUUCGAUAAUUUUGUUAAUAUUGUAUAGAAACAUUUAUGAUGUGCGUCUGCUUAGUACCUGCUGAAGCGGCCAAGAGUGCGCGGUCUCGAGAUGGAUAUCUCUUUUAAAAUAAAAUACGAAAAGGAUUUUUUUAAUCGACAUUAUUCUCUGAGAGAAGCAAGACGAGGAUAGGUUGCAAAUGGACAUAACAUACGUAUCUAUACUUAGUGUACCUAGACGCCUGCUCUAAGAAAAAAAAAAAAAGAAACAGCGUAUGGCGCUAUCCUAUACAGUAAUUUUAUUCUAGUUAAUGAAUGUAUACGAAUAGUCGCUAAGAGGAAGCGAGAGUAAUACGUAAACGCAGUAUUUCUAAGGAGGAAUGUAAUAUUAAUGAUUAUUUAUUUUGUGGAUCUCGGAACGAAUACUUCACACAUUGCUCUGCUGUGCUAUACAUUAUCAAUUAGGCAUGUAGGGGUAGGCGUUACCUAUGUGUAGUGGUAGUUAUUUGUGUAAAUGUCUCGCGUGGCACAGACCCUUCUUUUUUGUAAUAUACUAGAAUAUCAAUUGUUUACAAAUCUCUGAAUCCUGAUAAUAUGUAAUCCGACAGCGACCAGGGCCGCGUCAGCUGCCUAAUGACUAAGAUUAUACGUCGGCGUUCUUAGGAGACGGUUGUCGUUUCGAACGCUAUUGUAAUAUUACAUUGAUUAUACGAUUGCUAAAAAAAAAACAAUAAAUGCGAUGUAAGCUUAA